AUGUUUUGUGUUACAGGAGGUUCUUCUCUUACCAGAGCACAUUUUCGGGGAAAGUUGAGGCUUCAUGAGGAAGAUGAUGGGCCUCAUUCCCACAGGCGGAACUUUUGCUUUGCAUUCUUUGCUUUGUCGGUGCGCAAAGCUGGGGCUUUCAAGUGCUCCUAUGCAACAGCGGAUGAUUAUUCUCCUUACACUCCUGAAAAGCCUCUCAGAGACACGAGGGGCAGUUUGCUUCUAAAGGAGUUAUUUGAUAAACAUCAUAAUUCUCCAGUUUUGCUGCUAUUGGUUGUGCUUUUGAGAAUCAGCAUGGUUAUUGGUGAUGGAAUUAUCAGAGCUCUUUCACCAUAUUAUGUAUAUUUCUUUCUCAAAAAGGCUGGAAAAGAUGGAAGGAGUUCUCUUGGAAGAGUUGUUCUGUGCAUCACAGGUGCAGAGGCCACGUUUGCUGAUCUUGGCCAUUUUUCUCAGCUUUCCAUUCGGAUUGCAUUUACUACUGUUGUUUACCCAUCUUUAAUUGUUGCCUAUAUGGGUGGGGCUGCUUAUUACUCCGAGCAUGCAAGGGACCUUGAGAGAAGCUUCUUCAAAGUCAUCCCCGCGGCUGUAUUUUGGCAAAUAUUGGUCAUUGCCACCAUUGCCACAGCUGUGGCAAGUCGGGCAAUUAUUUCUGCUACUUUCUCAAUAACCAGCCAAUUUAGAGCGCUGAGGUGCUUCCCUUGUGUCAAAGAAAUACACACAUCAAGUCAGAUACAUGGGGAGAUCUAUAUGUCAGAGGUGAACUGGAUCCUGAUGGUUCUGUGCAUUGCCGUUGUUGUUGGCUUCAGAGACACAGAUAUGAUAGGCAAUACUUACGGUCUUGCGGUCAUUGCGGCAAUGUUUGUUGCCACCUGCUUGAUGUUUCUUGAAAUUGUUACGGUUUGGAAGGGGAGUUUUUUGGCUGCUCUUGCUUUUUGUAUUCGGCACUAUGGGACUAUAAAGAAGCACUCCUUUGAGCAACAUAACAAGGUACCCGUGGAUAUGAUUCUAACCCUGGUACCCCAUUGUGGUAUUACUCGUGUUCCUGGCAUUUGCUUAAUCUACUCCAAUGUGGUCUCAGGGGUCCCUCCAAUGUUUGCUCACUUUGUCACCAACUUCCCUGCCUGCCACCGAAUCCUCGUAUUUGUUACCAUCCAAUCCUUUACGGUUCCAAAAGUUCCUGUCAGUGAGCAAUUCUUGGUUACUCGCAUUGGCCUGCCGAAGUUUUGUUUUUGUCAAUGCAUUGUCUGGUAUGGUUAUAAGGAUGCCAGGAAAGACGCCCAUGCUUUCGAGAAUCAGCUACUUGAAACCAUAGCCGAGUUUCUACACAAAUGGGAUGAUGAUUGCAAUGCUGAAACUUCUAGGUUGAUGACUAUGAUUGAUUCAAGUCCGAAAGUGGAUGCAGGCGGUGUAAGACAAGAGAUUGGAGCUGUUGCUGGGAGUAAUCAGAAGAGAGUAAGAGCUCGUGACAUUGCAUGCAGUAAAGGAUUGCAGGAACUUGAGGAUGCUAGGGAAUCUGGUCUGGCAUAUAUGAUGGGCAAUACUUGUGUCUUGACAACUGAUGCAUCUUCAUAUAUGAAGAAGUUUGUCAUCAACAUCCUAUAUGGUUUAUUGAGAAGGAACUGUCGGCGACCAGCAACUGCACUUGGUGUGCCUUACACAUCCCUGAUUGAACUAGGAAUGACCUAUCAAGUCUAG